AUGUCAUCGGCUGACAUCGGUUCGUCUACGUUUAAGCUACGUACGCAAAUGCUGAGUGGUAUAAGUACCUUAUUAACUUAAAAUCUACAAUGCGACUAAUCAACACGUUCCCCUUGCAAUUUAUCAAAAAUUCAUGUUUUGUUAGUUAUUCGCGUCAAAUCUUGUCUCCUCGCUUCUUUUUUCAGAAAAAAAGAAAAUAAUAAAUGUGUGUAUAUUGCCUCCCGGAAUGUCAUACUAUUCAAAAUUUACUUUUUUUAAGACUCUGAAAUACAAUCAAAUGUGUCUCCCGAUUGGCAAUCAGUGGUCAUUGAAGCUUUGGAAGUCCUGGAUUCUACGCCACCACCACCACCAGAACAAACAAAUGUUGUUCGAAUUAUGCUUAAAAAAUUAAUUGAAGAAUAUCCACAAGCGCAAAAUCAUCAUCAGGAUUAUUCAAUGGUGAGAAAAUUUGAAGAAGUUCUAAUGGGUUUGAAAAUUCAUAAAUUCAAUAGGUUUGGAAAUUUGUUUCUAGACAAAAAUAAGAUUUGUUGAAAUGAAAAUGACAUCGUGGUUUCCAAAAUAAAAGAUUUCGCAAUUUUUUUAAAGUAUAAACUAGAAAAAAUAUUUUUUUAUCCGGAGGCAGCACAAAAAAUCAAUGUUUUUAUGAUUUUCGGCACAAGAAAUCAGUCUGAAAUUCAAGUUUUCUUAAUCUAUAGUAUACUCGGACAUGGUUCGAAAAAAACCGAGCGAAACUGGUUUUUUUGGUUCGCCCAAAUUUUGGUUUUUGGUUCGCUCAUUUGAAAUGGUUUGGUUUGGUUUUGGUUUUUGGUUCGCUCACUCAUUUCAAACUGGUUCGAACCGGUUUUCGAUCAAAUGGUUUUUGGAUUUCUGGCUCCUGGGUGUCCGGAGUUGAUGAAUUUCGAGGUUUUCGGGUAUGGGGAUUACUGUAGUGAACUUAUUUUCAUGUAAAAGUCACUCUUAAAGGCACAUACCCACCAAAAAAAAUUUUUUUUUUGAAAAUGAGGUAUUUUGGCACGGGGAACAUUUUGGUGAGGUAUACGGUCGGGAACAGACUUUUAAAGGCGCAUGCCAAGCUCUUACCCAUUUUCCGAGUUAUUUUUUUCAAACUAUCAUAACUUUUUUAUUUUUGAAGCUUUUUUGAAAUUUCGACAACCAUUUUGACGGUCUUGAGGUGGGCUAAAUUUUUUGUGUUGACACCAACUACCGUAUUUCGCUCCUAGGAGGUGAAAAACAAGGGUUUGUUCAAGUUUACAUAAAAAAUGACACGGUUUUGUUCGAAUUUACAUUAAAAAUGACAUUUUUGAGAGAAAAACCGUGUUUUUCACCUCCUAGGAGCGAAAUACGGUAGUUGGUGUCCACACAAAAAAUUUAGCCCACCUCAAGACCGUCAAAAUGGUUGUCGAAAUUUCAAAAAAGCUUCAAAAAUAAAAAAGUUAUGAUAGUUUGAAAAAAAUAUCUCGGAAAAUGGGUAAUAGCUUGGCAUGCGCCUUUAAAAGUCUGUUCGCGACCGUAUACUUCACCAAAAUGUUCCCCGUGCCAAAAUACCUCAUUUUCAAAAAAAACAUUUUUUGGUGGGUAUGUGCCUUUAAGAGUGACUUUUACAUGAAAAGAAGUUCACUACAGUAAUCCCCAUACCCAAAAACCCCGAAAUUCAUCAACUCCUGAUACCCAGGAGCCAGAAAUCCAAAAACCAUUUGAUCGAAAACCGGUUCGAACCAGUUUGAAAUGAGUGAGCGAACCAAAAACCAAAACCAAACCAAACCAUUUCAAAUGAGCGAACCAAAACCAAAUGAGUGAGCGAACCAAAAAAACUGGUUUCGCUCAAACCAUUUGAAAAACCGCUCAUGUCUGAGUAUAAUCUAUAGCCAAAAAUAUUAGAUAAUCUGUAAUUUCAAGCAAUAAUGUGUCAAUGCUGAAAUUCAGUGCUGAAAAUCAUAGAAUUACUUCUAUUCAGUGUUUUUAUAAUUUUCAGCACAAAAAAUCAGUCUGAAAUUCAAGUUUUCUUAAUCUAUAGCCAAAAAUAUUAGAUAAUCAAGCAAUACAAAAAACGCCAAGAAAGGCGUUUCCUGUAGAUAUUCUUAUUUUCAUGUUUUCCAGGAAGAAGAAUUCGACGAACCACUUCAACACACCAAUCCACAAGAGGCCAUUUCUCACGUGGACUCCAAUGAAACAAGUUCCCGAAAUGAAGAUUCUACAAUUCCAGCUGAACAGGUAAGAAUUAUUGAUAUUCUCAGAAAAUGCUGAAAAUGACGCCAAACUCGACUAUAAAAUCUAGCUCGAUUUUUUUGGAUAAAAAUGAUAAAAACAUAUGCAGUUUGGCUUUUGAAAGAAAUCAGUCUGAAAUUCAAGUUUUCUUAAUCUAUAGCCAAAAAUAUUAGAUAAUCUGUAAUUUCAAGCAAUAAUGUGUCAAUGCUGAAAUUUAGUGCUGAAAAUCAUAGAAUCACUUAUAUUGAAUUUAUUUAUCAAAAUACACCACUUUGAAAAGUUUCAAGUGUUUUGAUCAAUUUUUCUUUCUACAAAUAUUGAUAGUUGACAGAAUAUACAUAUUCAACUUAUAAACAAUUGAUAAAUAUGAAAUAAAAUCAUUAUUAUAAUUUACAGAAUCAGCCUCCACCAACUCCAAACGACAUGUUUCAAUCGAAUAACGUCGAAGUUGACAUUUUUUCAAUAAGGAAUUCGAACAAUUUACAAAUUUCAAUUUUCAAUGAAAAUAAUGUAUCAAAAUCGCCAUCGGAGAUUUUCACAAUAGAAACAGCAAGAGCAGAUGGUUUGCAAACAUCAUGUUUUAUGAAAGAUGGAGAAGAAUCUCCAACAAUUCUUAUGUGUUCAUCGGAUGAAAAUUUUGAAAAGUCGUGUUCAAAAAUCGAAAGUUCUUUCGGCGGAGACGAAUCCGUGAGUUUUUUCCAAAGUAUUUCAAUCACACGGUUUUCUUUCCCGAAAUUUAGAAUUUUAUAUGAUUAUCCAGUUCCACAGCAAAACAAAAUUAUAAAAAAUAUUCAAACACUCGGAAAUUAAAAAAAAGUGGUGAGAAUUUACCUUAUCUCAAUGCACAACAUUCUUAUAAUAAUAAAGUAAAAUUUUGAGCUAAAUCAUUUCAUUUUGAUUUCCCAAUUGAAUUCUUUUCAGAAUUCGAGAAUAUGUUCAACAAAUUGGGCGAAUGGAAUCAUUAUGAAUUCUACAGAAAACUGUAGAAAUGAAGUGAGUUUGUUUUAUUUCAUGAACAAGAGAGAUACUGGAGAAUUUUUGGAUAACGUCACAAAAAACCUUUUUAAUAUGAAAACAAACAAGAAUCGUAAAAUCAGCUGAUUUUCAAGAACAAGAAUUGAGUUUGAGCAAAACAUCAGAUAUGCUCAUUUGAACGAGUAUGUUUUAAUUAGUACAAUCCUCGAAAUAUUCAUUCUUAUCAAAACAUUCGAAAUGAGAUGAAUUCCCGUGAAUUUUUGGAAUUUGGUCGAUUUUGAAUCAUACUUUUUGUUCAUAAACUGAAUAUUUUCGACCUCAUUUAAACCCCACAAGGUGCAAUUUAUUCAGAAAUUGUUAUGUCUUUCAUUCACGUGAAAAUCUGAUAAAGAUACUAUUGUCAAUCCGAAAAAAUAAGAACCUUGGAAGAGAACCGAAAUGGCCUAGAAAACCAAGACUACAGUAGACUUCGCAAAAUUUUGAAGUCUAUUUGAAAAAUAAAAUGCGAAAUUUACACGCUGGCUAUUUGCCAACCAGUUUGAUGUGCAUGUGUCACGUCAUUUUUAGUCUACUGUACGUGAGCGCCAAUUCAAACGGGGGUUCUUUUAUUUUCGGAAUGACAAUAAUCAAAAAUGGUUCCUGUCUGCCUUUUUAUUAAAAUCCCGAUAGGGCGGUGUCUCAUGGAUUUUUCAAUUCUCUCAUUUUCCCAUUUUUGCGGUUUUUUUUUCCGAAAUCAUACAACCGCAAAAAAAAUUUCUUUUUUAAAAAAAUUUUCUUUUGAAAAAGGAGACUGUUACUGGGUCCUAGCAAAUUUUAAAGUAAAAAAAAUAUCGAUUUUUCAAGAAGUUUCUUCAAAAAACGAUAAAUAUUGAUUAUUUAUAAUGUAAAAAACAAAUAACGAUGACUUUUAAUUUCAGAACACAAAAUAUAAUGACAUCGACGGCAACAAUUUUGAUAUCAUUGUCAAACGACGAGCAACUGGAAAACAAUAUCGUUUGGAGUUAUAUUUGAACAAUAACAAUUUCAAGAAUGUGAAAUUUUCGACCCAAAACGGUCGUCCAGCUGUUUUCGCCGACUUCAAUCAUGAUAAUCUAUGUAUACUCGCUGAUGGGAUUCAAAAUGUCGAUGUUUUCCACCAAGAAGAUUGUGAGCAAGUUGAUAUAAGUUUACAAGAUUCGGACGAAACCAUCGAGAUGAGGGAAUCAGGAAUUGAAACGAAUGCUGAAGAGCCUGAAGAACAAGAUCAUCGUCGAAGAAGUUUGAGAAUCAGCGGGAAAAGAAAGAAUCACACAUUUUCACCAUCACCUUCCCCAAAGAGAUCAAGAAUAAAUGUUCAAGGAAAAAAAUGUGAUGCGAAGUCCAUAUCCAUUAUCUCUCCCUUAUAAAAAACGAAAUCACUGAAAAUUUGGCGUCACAUAAAAUGUUUCUUUUUGUGCAAACAUCGUUUCGUUUUUUGAAAAAUCAACGCGCGUUGCGAGACACGGGAGAAAAAUUGUGUGCGCCUUUGAUGCGGGGUACGGUAGAAGUAUUCGUGAAUUUUUAUUUAUUUUUUCUUUUUUUGAGGGUUUGAGCGCUGUAAUUUUUGGAACAUCUAACACGCCUAUUGUAACUUCAGGGGAUUAUUUUCAAAAUGGGAACCCCCCUCCCUUCUUACUUUGAGAAUAGAUAACAUCAAAAGUAUAACAGUUGGGAACCCUGCGAUUCUCUCCACCUACACUUCACGGAGAGAAUACUAGUUCGGAGAACGCGAUUUCAGGCAAGCCGCCUGGCACGCCAAACAAUUUUUGAAAAACAACUCGCGCUGCGAGACCCAAGAAACGCACGAGUGUGCGCCUUUGACUACAGUACUAAUUUUCGCACAAAAUUAUUUUUUUAAAGUUGCAUUUUCCGCCCAAAUUUCAACUAACUUUGCCAUUUUAAGCGAGAAGUACUCAAACACUUGAAGAAAAUCAGAAGCAAGAUAAUACUGUGGAAUUAACAGAGUUAAAAUCAUUUGAAACUGAAGCUAUUCAUGGAUUGCAAAGUAUUCAGAAUGAAUUGAGUGGACUUGUUGAGAAGAAAUUGAAGAUUAAGAUUUGUGCUGGAAAUGUUUCUUCAAUUCGUCUUGGUUGCCAGGAAAUUUGCAAACGAUUGGAGCAAGAACAAGUGAGAAGACAUGAACAUGCUGAAGUACUUCGACAAGUCAAUGAUACAUUGGAAAAGAAGACGGAAACACUUGCGAUUGUAAUGUCAUCGAAUAAAGUUGGACAAGAGAAUAUUGAACCACAAUCUAGUUCGAAUGUGUUGAGCGAUGAGAAAAAGAGUUAGUUUGUUAAUCGAAAAAAUUGCAUUUCAUUUCAUUUUUCUAGAAUACCGUGAUCCAACUCGUCAACUUUUGCACGAUGCCACACAAGCAAUUGAUGCGAUUGUUCAAAAAAUGAAGAAAACUGUGAAUUUGGAAGGAAUGACUGGUGAAUUGAAACCAACAAUUGCAGCAAUUCUCGUUGAUUCAAGACAUCUUCGUGAUUUCCUUCAUCAAAAAUUCAUGUUGUUCAAAUCUGUUGAUAUUUCUCAUAUCAGAAAUGAAUCAUGCACUUAUGAACAGUUAUUGCAAAGAGUAAGUUGAGAGAAUUUUUUGAAAUUUUUUCAAAAAAUCAUAUUUUUGCAGUUUGAAAAGAGUUAUCAAGAUUUCGUGAUUGUUGAUGAAGAAUGUCGCAAAUUGAAACAUGAAAUGAAGAAGAUGAAGGCUAUUAUUCCGGUAAGAAUAAUUAUUGUAUUCAAUAAUUAUUAUUUUCAAUCAAUUCUAUUUUUUCUUAUUUUGCAGAGCCUUGGAACUGAUGUCGAAUCAAGAAUCAAGAGAGAAAUUGGAGGAAUUGCUAGAGAUAUGGGCGCCGUCAACUCGCUAAGAAAAUAA